AUUAUUUAUUUUAAUAAUUUAAUUGCUAGACCCAUUUUUUGUUUUUAUUUAUUUAAUAUUUAUGUCACAGAAUAAAUAUAUUUUGUAAUAAGUGUAGAACCCCCCGACAUAUAUCCCAUUAUGUCAUUGAACUUGCAAUCACACACCAUCAGCCAAAGAAAAAGUUUAAAAUUAAAAGGUACAAAAACGUCAGUGACUAAAAAUCAAAUUUUAAUUUCUACUGGAAUAGUAUCAUUAGACGCAGUUUUGGAUGGAGGUAUUCCAAUAGGCACUGUGGCUCUUGUCGAAGAAGAAAAUUAUGGCCUAAAUGCAGAUUUGGUAACAAAACAUUUUAUAGCUGAAGGAGUUGUAUGUGAUCAUUCUAUUUUAAUUGUUGAUGUCGAAAAGAAACCAGAAGCAAUUGCAAAUGAUUUACCAAAACCAAUUCAAGAAGAUAGUUUUCAACCAACUGAUGUUAUUGCUGAGGAUUUUAAAAUAGCUUGGCGCUAUAGUCAAAAUCCUAUAUAUGACUCUAAACCACAUCAUACAUCAAUAUCUUUUGGACAUACAUUUGAUAUGUCAGCUAAAAUUCCUGUUGAUGAAUUACCAAAUAUUAGAUAUUGGCCUGGUAAAAAAUCACAAGGUACCAGUUACUCCGAGCUACUAGAACACAUAAAUUCAAUUAUAAUUAAAGAUGGGUUUAGUACAAAAAUUCCUGUUGAACAAAGACGGGUGUUAAGAAUAACAAUUAGUAAUUUUUAUUCACCAAUUUGGGAUUCUAAUGAUAUGGAUGUGGUUACAUUUUUGUACAAGCUUAGAAUUCUUGUUCGUUCUUCGUAUGCUACUUGUCUUAUAACAUGUCGAGCUCAUAUAAUUGAUGAUUUGAUUAAAUGUCGAAUAGAACAUUUUGUGGAUACAGUACUUAUCUUCAAACCAAUGGAUUUAAGUUCAUGUGCGGACUAUAAUGGGAAGCUUAUAAUUGGUAAAUUAGCGUCAUUUAACACCUUUUUAUAUGAACCUCUGUCUGUAGAUUGGGCUACAAAACUCACAAGAAAAAAGCUAUGCAUUGAGGUAUUAUAA